AUGGCCUCCUCCCCCUCGAGUGAUGUUCUGCCAACAGGCGGACGGAUCUUCACCUCCAUUCCUGAUGUGUUCUUCAUCCCGGAAUUUGUGUUCGGCGGUCUGGUGUGGAUCCUGGUGGCGUCGGCAGGCAUCACCCCAGAAAACCCUCUGGGCUGGGUGAUGUUCGUGUCCGUCUUCUGCUUCGUGAUGACGACGCUCUGGUUCUUCAUCUUCCUCUGCGGAGCCAAUCAGAGCAGCGUCUGGCCCUCGCUGGACGUGGGCUAUCACUUCGUGGCCGUGGUGUUCUACCUCAGUGCGUCGGUGGCUCUGGCCUACAUCACUCUUAUACUGGGGACUUUGGUGAACUUGGGGAUAAGCCAGCCGGUUUUAAACCAAUUUGACUCUCUCAAAAUCUACCGGCUGAACAUCGCUGCAGUGGUGAUGUCCUUUAUAGCCACUCUUCUCUACUUCCUGCACACCAUCUUCUCUGCUCUCCGAUGGAAGAUGAUCUAAAAACACAAACACA